AUGCUGGCGCCCCCGGCCCCAGAGACCUCAGUCCCCAUGUCCCAGGCUGAGGCUGACCUGGCCCUGAAGCCCCCGCCCCCUCUCGCUGCCACUGGGCCGCCCCGCCUCGGGCCCCUUCCUCGCCGGGCACGCCGCUUCUCCGGGAAAGCUGAGCCCCGGCCGCGUUCUUCCCGUCUCAGCCGCCGAAGCUCAGUCGACUUGGGGCUGCUGAGCUCUUGGUCCCAGCCAACCUCCCCCGUUCCAGAGCCCCCCGAUCCUCCAGACUCCGCUGGUCCCGACCCCGCAAGGAGCCCACUUCCUAGCUCCGAAGAACCCCCCGAGAGCCCGUGGCCUGGGAGUGCCCCAGUGAAGGCUGCAGACUCUGCGCGUCCGGAGCUCGCGUGCUCCGCAGGAGGCCUGGGGUCCCGGGAACCGCCGAGGAUCCCCGAAGCCUCGGCCCAGGAGCGGCGGCGGGCGCAGGAGGAAAAGGAGGACACGGAGACCCAGGCUGUGGCAACGUCGCCGGACGGCCGAUACCUCAAGUUUGACAUUGAGAUUGGACGUGGCUCGUUCAAGACGGUGUAUCGAGGACUAGACACCGACACCACGGUGGAGGUGGCCUGGUGUGAGCUGCAGACUCGGAAACUGUCUCGAGCUGAGCGGCAGCGAUUCUCUGAGGAGGUGGAGAUGCUCAAGGGGCUGCAGCACCCCAACAUCGUCCGCUUCUACGACUCAUGGAAGUCAGUGCUGAGGGGCCAGGUUUGCAUCGUGCUGGUCACCGAACUCAUGACCUCCGGCACGCUCAAGACAUACCUGAGGCGGUUCCGUGAGAUGAAGCCCCGAGUCCUUCAGCGCUGGAGCCGACAGAUCCUGCGGGGGCUUCAUUUCCUACACUCCCGGGUACCCCCCAUCCUUCACCGAGAUCUCAAGUGUGACAACGUCUUUAUCACCGGCCCUACAGGCUCCGUCAAGAUCGGUGACCUGGGCCUGGCCACGCUCAAGCGCGCCUCCUUUGCCAAGAGUGUCAUCGGGACCCCGGAGUUCAUGGCCCCAGAGAUGUACGAGGAAAAGUAUGAUGAGGCCGUGGACGUGUACGCAUUUGGCAUGUGCAUGCUGGAGAUGGCUACCUCCGAGUACCCUUACUCAGAGUGCCAGAAUGCCGCACAAAUCUACCGCAAGGUCACCUCGGGCACAAAGCCCAACAGCUUCUACAAGGUGAAGAUACCCGAGGUGAAGGAGAUCAUUGAAGGCUGCAUCCGCACAGAUAAGAAUGAGAGGUUCACCAUCCAGGACCUUCUGGCUCACGCGUUCUUCCGCGAGGAGCGUGGUGUUCACGUGGAGCUGGCAGAGGAAGAUGACGGUGAGAAGCCGGACCUCAAGCUCUGGCUACGCAUGGAGGAUGCGCGACGCGGGGGGCGCCCUCGGGACAAUCAGGCCAUCGAGUUCCUGUUCCAGCUGGGCCGUGACGCUGCUGAGGAGGUGGCGCAGGAGAUGGUGGCCCUGGGCUUAGUCUGCGAAGCUGAUUACCAGCCAGUAGCCCGGGCAGUACGGGAACGGGUGGCCGCGAUCCAGCGAAAGCGUGAGAAGCUGCGCAAAGCUAGGGAGCUGGAGGCCCUCCCCCCUGAGCCAGAACCCCCACCAGCAACCGUCCCCAUGACUCCUGGUCUCCCCAGUUCCUUCCCCCCUGAGCCUGAAGAGCCAGAGGCAGACCAGCACCAGCCGUUUCUCUUCCGCCAUGCCAGCUACUCAUCGACCACCUCGGAUUGCGAGACUGAUGGCUACCUCAGCUCCUCCGGCUUCCUGGAUGCCUCGGACCCUGCCCUCCAGCCCCCUUGUGGGGUGCCGUCCAGCCCCGCUGAGCCCCAUCUCCGCCUGCCCUCGGCUUUUGCCCUAUCUAUUCCACGUGCUGGCCCCGGCAGUGACUUUUCCCCUGGAGACAGCUACGCCUCAGAUGCAGCAUCGGGCCUUAGCGACGUGGGUGAAGGGAUGGGACGCAUGAGGAGACCCCUAGGGAGAAAUCUCCGGCGCAGACCUCGAUCCCGACUUCGGGUCACUAGUGUCUCAGACCAGAAUGACAGAGUGGUUGAGUGCCAGCUACAGACGCACAACAGCAAGAUGGUGACCUUCCGAUUUGACCUGGAUGGGGACAGCCCGGAAGAGAUUGCAGCUGCCAUGGUGUAUAAUGAGUUCAUUCUGCCUUCGGAGCGAGCCGGGUUCUUGAGCCGGAUUCGGGAGAUUAUCCAGCGAGUGGAGACCCUGUUGAAGAGAGAUACUGGCCCUGUGGAGGCUGCUGAAGACCCCCUGAGCCCACAGGAGGAGCCAGUACCGUUGCCUGCCCUCCCGGGCCCCCUCCCCAACCCGUCCGGUGAGCUCCAGAGCAGUACCUCCCUGGAGCAUAGCAGCUGGGCAGCCUUCUCCACCUCCCCGUCUUCUUCUGGAACCCCCUCGUCUCCUGGAACCCUGUUUUCUCCCGGGACCCCGGUUUUCCCAAGCCCCAUCUUCCCCAUCACUUCCCCAUGUCAUCCCAGCCCCUCCCCAUUCUCCCCAGUUUCUUCCCAGGUCUCAAGUCUCUCUCCACAGCCCCCCAGCUCUCCACUGCCAUUUCCCCCCAGCGCAGCCCAGUUUCCAGUCCCGUCCUCUCAGUUUCCACAGAGCUCUGUCCUUUCUAGCUCUCCACCCCCCUUCUCUCCCAGUUGUGCCCCGGCCCCCCUUAUGCCUCAUUCCUUCCCCCCGUGCUCCUCCGCCUCUCCCCUCCCCGCCACCACAGCAGCCCCUCUCCUCUCUCUCGCUAGUGCCUUCUCACUGGCCGUGAUGACUGUGGCCCAGUCCCUGCUGUCCCCCUCACCUGGGCUCCUUUCCCAGUCUCCUCCAGCCCCUCCCGGUCCCUUGCCGAGCCUGCCCCCUUCCCCUCCCCUUGCUCCUUGUGGCCAGGAGAGGCCUUCAUCUUUCACAGCUGAGUUGGAGAGUGAGGCCUCCCCAAAUCCUGCUCGGCCACUCCUGGGUGAAGCCAGACUGGCGCCCAUCUCUGAAGAGGGAAAGCCCCAACUUGUUGGGCGUUUCCAGGUGACUUCAUCCAAGGAACCAGCUGAGCCUCUUCCCCUGCAACCAACAUCCCCAGCUCUCUCUGGUUCCCUGAAGCCUCCAACCCCUCAGCUGUCCUCAGAAAGCUCAGACACAGAGGAUAGUGCUGGAGGCGGGCCAGAGGCCAGGGAGGCUCUGGCUGAGAGCGACCGUGCAGCCGAGUGCUUGGGGACUGGAGUUGAGGAGGAAAGGGACAGUGGGAAGGAACCCCAAGUUGGGGACAGCCCCCAGCCCCUGAGCCAUCCCAGCCCCGUGUGGAUGAACUACUCCUAUAGCAGCCUGUGUCUGAGCAGUGAGGAAUCAGAGAGCAGCGGGGAAGAUGAGGAAUUCUGGGCUGAGCUGCAGAGUCUUCGGCAGAAGCACUUGUCAGAGGUGGAGGCACUACAGACACUGCAGAAAAAGGAAAUUGAGGACUUGUACAGCAGGCUUGGGAAGCAGCCCCCACCAGGUAUCCUGGCCCCCGCUGCUAUGUUGUCCAGCCGCCAGCGCCGCCUCUCCAAGGGCAGCUUCCCCACCUCCCGACGCAACAGCCUGCAGCGCUCUGAGCCUCCAGGCCCCGGCAUCAUACGAAGAAACUCCCUGAGUGGCAGCAGCACCGGCUCCCAGGAGCAGCGGGCAAGCAAGGGGGUGACAUUCGCCGGGGAUGUUGGCAGGAUGUGAAUUCAGAACAGAAGCCAUGUGUCUCCCCUACACCAGGAUCCACCAUGGAGCUUGUGCUCCCAGAGUCUGCUGACCAACACAACUCUGCAAGGAAGGCCUCGGCACUGAGGGAGUAGGAAGGACAGAGGGGCGUGGAGAGUGCUGUUCCAUUAUAGGGAGGAACCAAACGUGAGAGCUAUUUGCUGUGUGUAGAGGUUUAAAUUCUGCAGCCUACCAUCCUCAUCCCUGCUACCUCCCCAGCCAAGAGUCAACCACUAAGCAGUCCCACCCAAGUGCAGAUGCUUCCAGAGGGCACACUCCCAGCUGGGCAAAUGGACAGAGUGUUCUCAAACCAGAAUUAGCAGCAGCCAAUAAAAAUGCUGGAA